AUGGCGCCCAAAAUUCAUCUCCCACCUCCCCAGCCGCAACCCUUCACGCCGAGCUCGGCCUCGACAGCCUACGCAUCGCCAGUACCAGAACAUGGGCCUCUACCAUCACUCACUCAUCCACAAAACGGAGGAGUAGCAGCUGUCGCACUCUCACCGACGACAUCAGCGGCAUCGGGACCGUCGUACUCGACGCCCGUCGCGCGGCAGCAAACGGCGACACCGAAAAGCUACGGCAAUGGCAGCGGCAACGGCAACGAAACUCAUCACCAACACCCGGAUGAGAGCGUCGACGGCAACUCGGCUAGCCCCGAUGACGGCGGCGACAAGGGCCCUGCGAGGAAGAAGCAGAAGCGGAAUAAGCCUACGUUGUCGUGCUUUGAGUGCGUUGAGCGCAAGACCAAGUGUGACCGAGGUCGACCCAACUGCCUAGCAUGUAUCAAACGCCAGACGGAAUGCCAAUAUGCAGCCGUGGCCACGAUACUCGAAUCCCUCGCCAACGGCCGCCGCAUGACAAAACCCCCGAAACCAAAAGGCCCAGGCGACAUCUCCACCAUCCCAAACGUAGCAGACAGAGGCCUCAUCGAAGGCCGCGGCUUCACCUCCCGCGGCUCCGUCGGCUCCGUCGCCUUCUCCUCCUCCACGGGCCUCCUCUCCAACGUACCCUACUCCUUGCCCACGGCCAGCAACGUCUUCGGCAUCGGCUCCGAGCACCCCUUUGCCAACUACUGGACCUGCGAGGGCGGCCUGCCCGAGGUCAUCUCCGUCCUGCCCGAGAAAGUCCAGGCCGACAUCCUGCUGGCGCAGUACUUUGAGUGCGUCGACCCGGUCUACCCCAUGAUCCACCGGCAGACCUUUUACGCCGACUAUGAGCACUUUUGGAGCCUCAGCGCCGAGGAGAAGAACCGCGUCGAUGCGGCGUUUGUGGGGCUCAUCUUUGUGAUGCUCGCGCUGGGCACGCAGUUUGUGACGUCGAGUUCGCCAAACGAUGCGAAGCAGACGGCGGAGUUUUACGCGUCGGCGAGUAACCAGGCGCUGCGCAUGUUUUCGUACUUGAGUGCUGCUUCGUUGCGCUCUAUCCAGUCCAUGGUGUUGUUGACGUACUUCCUGAUCAACGACAACCACGCCUCGGACGGGUGGGCGUUUGCCGGCAUACUCAUCCGGCAGGCCUACGCAAUGGGUCUACAUCGUGACCCCAAUAUUGUAACCCCCGACGCCCCCAUCUUCGAAAAGCAGCAACGCCGCAAACUCUGGCAAGCCGUCCUCCUCCAAGACACCUUCCUCACGGUCCUCCUCUCCCUCCCCCCGUCCGCGACCCACACCGACGUCUCCGUCGAAGACCUCGUCGACGACGGCUCCGCCAUCGCCUCCUCGGACCCGACAGACAUCGCCUACAUCCGCGGCUCCUGGACCCUCGCCAACCUCGUCCAGGAAACGAUCUGCUCCCCGCGCUCUCUAGACCUCCCCAUCUGCGCCACCGUCCGCCACAAGUCCAAACUCAUCGCCGACUUCCGCUGCGUCUACCGCUCUUUCCCGGACGUCUUCCGCUCCUGGGACGCCGAGAGCCUCGCGAGCCUCGCGCGGACGAACAAGCGCGUCGUGAGGCAGACGCUGUUCCUGACGAGCAAUUACCACCACAACAUCAUGCUCGUGUACGCGUCCGAGAGCGCAGAGUGUCCUUCGAAUACGCGGGGCACGCUGGAGGCGGCGCACGAGGCGAUCACGUCCUUCUUUCUGCUGUUUGACAUCUUUGAGCUCGAGGCGAGGGUGUGGUGGGUUUUCAACCACCGCGCGUUCCUCGAGGCGCUGUGUAUCGGGAGCGUGCUGCGGGAGAUGGGCAAGGACCCUGUCGCGGCGGAGGAGGCGGAUCGGGAUCCGUUGUUCCAGAGGGCUAGGAGCGACAUUGCAAAAAUGAUCAAGAUCAUGGUGUUGAUGGGCGAGGGCGAGCAAGGGUCCGACGUGGCGCGGGCCCGUGUGCAAGUGUUGAAGGACCUCCUGCCACCCUUGUGGAUGGCCUCGUGGCCAUUGAUUCGGCUAUCAGUCGCGCAGGACCCGCGCGCCCACGGCGGCAACGAGGACGGACAGUCUGUGACAUGCCAAAAUGGGUCGGCUGUAAUGCGCAUGGCCACCCAUUUCCGUCCGUUCUACUGCGUAGGUGGCAUGGGUGCAAAUAGCUCCACCCGAUCGUGGACCGAGGGACCGAAAAUAAUCAAACAACCCCAAGGCAAAGGACCAGAAGCGGCGUGGCCGUCCAGGAAGUCGGGAAGCAAAAAAUGCGCGUCCAGCAGAGGUGCAGCGCAGCAGUGCCGGAUUCCCAUGAGUUCAUCGCUUCAUCGCCUCGACGGUGGAGACCCCGUCACCUCGGAAGACUAG